CUCACAUAAGGAGUCCAACCGAGGACGUCUUUUAGAAAGAUCUGAACAAGGUGCACAGCACCUGGGAUUUACUUAGACAACUCUGACAUACAUAGCUUUUCUUUAUUUGGACUACUUUCACACAAACCAGUGUUUGGUGUUUUACUUCUUUUAAAUCCAGCAGGUCAUUAGCUGACAAUGUCGUGGGACUGUGGUCUCAAGUACAUGUUCUCUACGUCCCCUGUACUGCAGCAGGGUAGCAAAUGCAUCCUGCAAGACAAGGAGGACCUGUCCAGACUGGAGAUGGUCCAGAGAUUGGCGAAGGAUGGCUGCCGGUUCCUGCAAAGCCACAGCAAGGGUCCAGAGAAGACAUCUGAGCCACAGAGUGACGAGGCAGUCCGCUUGUGUGUGAGGGAGCGGGGCCACGAUGUGCUCGUUCUCCGUCGAGUGUUGUCAGAGCAGCCAACGCACACUGCAUGGUCGAGGGGAGGAGGGAGGGAAGAGGCAAAGACCAGGAGGUAUGCGGUGGUGUCAGGGACCCCUGAGAAGAUCCUGGAGCAUCUGCUGGGUGACAUGAUGCUGGAUGAUGACCGAAGAACAACGCAGGGGAAGGAGUCAGAUAUGCUUCUGGAUGACUUUCUACUCACAUACCCAGUGUUCAUGUCAACCAGCGAUUUAUGCCAAGCUCUUCUGGGACACUAUUGCAACAAGCGGCACAAAAUUAAGGAGGACCUGAAAGAGGUUCUGGAGAGGAAACAGAAAGUCCUGCACCUGGUGUGGCAUUGGAUGUCUCUCUGCAAGGAGUUCCUGAGAGAGGACGAACAUGUGAAAGUGUUCCUCAAGAGUUUGUACCGUUACGUGUUCGAUGAUCUUUAUGAGCACCCAGCCCUGGAGAAGGAUGUGAUGGAGUUGCAGAAAUUCUACCAGCUAAGACGCAGACACACUGUGGAUGAUGAUUCGCCACACAGAAAUGGUAGAGCUCUUUCCCACCAAUUGAGCUUGAAAGAGAAUGGGCUCAGAUCCAGGAUCACACAGAGAGAGAACAAGGAAGUUCUCUGCCGUGUGUACGUCACGAUGGACUCGUAUCUUAGUGCGAAGGUCCACUCUGAGGUGGUUUCUCAGGAGCUGUUGCAGGCAGUGGCAGAGAGGAUGGAUGUUCCUGCAUCUGAACUGAUACUUGUGGCCAUUACUUAUCCUGGAGGUAGACUCCUCCUGCAGCCUCAGGACAGAGUUUUCUCCAAUUCUUUUCGGCCAGUGGGGAGGCUUCAUGUGUGCAGGAAGGACCUCGGUGAAGUCCUGAACCCAUUUACAGAUAACUCAGAGUUGCAACAGAGGACGGCUCGCAUGCUAACUUUAAAUACAUGGGAUGUGGCUGUUGCACUCACCAACUUUGACUGGACGAUUUUCAACUCGAUGCACGAGCAGGAACUGAUCUACUUCACCUUCAACCGCCAUGUUUGCAGUAGCUACACAAUGCCAUUAGAGACGCUGCUGCAGCAAUGCAAUGAAGUCCAGCUGUGGGUCAUGACUGAGGUGCUGCUGUGCCCGACGCUCUGCAAAAGGGUCCAGCUCAUCAAGAAGUUCAUCAAGAUUGCUGCUCACUGUAAAGCACAGAGGAACCUCAACAGUUUCUUUGCCAUUAUUAUGGGCCUGAAUGCUGGUGCUGUAAGCCGCCUCAGUCAGACGUGGGAGAAAAUUCCUGGUAAAUUUAAGAAGCUGUUUUCCGAGCUGGAGACAGUCACAGAUCCCUCACUGAACCACAAGGCAUACAGGGACUCCUUCAAGAAGAUGAAGUCCCCCAAGAUCCCGUUUCUUCCUUUACUCUUGAAAGACAUCACAUUCAUCCAUGAAGGCAACAAAACAUUUCAUGAUAAUCUGGUCAAUUUUGAGAAGUUGCACAUGAUAGCAGACAUGGCGAGACUCAUCCGAGAGUGUCAGCAAGACCACGUGGGAAAUGGAAUUGCCCAGAAGAGCAGCUCAGAGGUUCGAGCCUACACUGAUUACCUUCAUGUCAUCGACAAUCAGCAGACUCUGUUCGAACUGUCACACAGACUGGAGCCUCGUGCGUAGACAGGAGUUUUUUCUAUUCUUCCCACUCUGUGGAAUUGCCAAGGAUCAACCGAUCACUGUCUCAGCUCGUAGUGCCCAGGACUCGGUCAGCAAUCCUUGGAGGUAUGCAUGUUUCUGACUCAAACACACAAGAUGGAGUAACUCAAUCAGGAGGCUGUCACCAGAGACCUAAACAAGCAGUGAAAGACGCAUGUGAGGAAGGCCGCAGAAACAGUUUGGAUCCACUACCACGUGACUGAUUCAUUCAACUAUUACUCAACUGGAAAGCUGCAGCGCCAGCGGCUGAACUGCAACAACAGCAGAAGCCUUGAGUGGCAGCCAUUUAUCAAGACAUCAUUAUGGGGUCCAAAGCUGCUACUGUUUUUAUGAAGACCUGCAGAUGGCAGAAGUUAGCAAGGGAAAUUUUUCUUUUUCAACGGCCCACUGUAAUGAAUACUUCCAGUUGAUUAAUACUGUUCUGCUCUCAAGUGACUUUAAAUUGCAUUAAUACUCAUGAUUCAUCUUUCAUACCACAACAAAAUCAAUUAAAACUUUACAUACAGUGCUAAAAAUAAAAAAGGAGAUUUCUACUUAUUUCUCAGGAUUAAAGGAGACCUAUUAUGUUUGCUAUUAAAAGGAGUUAGAAUAGGUCUACGGCAGGGGUGGGCAACUCCAGGCCUCAAGAGCCGGUCUCCUGCAACUUUUAGAUGUAUCUCUACUUCAACACACCUGAAUCAAAUAAUGAGGUCCUUAGCAGGACUUGGAGAACUUGACUACACUUAGGAGGUGUGUUUGAUCAGGGAGACAUCCAAGAGUUGCAGGACACCGGCCCUCGAGGACCAGGAUACCCGUAGACCCCUGGUCUACGGGCUGUAAAAUAACAUGGUCAUAACAUGGUCAUUAAAUUUCUUUCUCAAAAUCAUUGGAAAAUGAGAUUUCACCUCCUCUGUUCUGCCUGUUAUGAGCUCCUUUCAGAAUUAUCUGGUUAAGGCUGGAUGUUUGGGGUUUUUUUUUUCAGGGUUUGAACUGUUUCUAGAACAAAAAUGUCUGAAAACUUUGUAUAGUAGGUUCCCUUUAGCAUUUAUUUAGAACCAACGCUAAAAUUAAAAGUUCAAAAAAGUUUGCAAAAGAAAAAUCUGGAGCUCACAAUCAGUGAAAUCAAGAGAUCUCAAUCAAAGAAGAGAAGAAAAAAGCUGACACUAAAUCAACAAACUGUGACUAAUGGGGGGGGAUGUUUUAGGUCAAGUGAACUGAAGGUCCAACUUUUAUUUUAGCUGAUUAAAAUCUAUCAAUAUUCAGAGUUGCUCAUUGUCUCAGAAGCCCACAGACAGUAGCUUCAAAGCCUAACUUAGAUUGUAGUACCUAUUUUAAUCUUUGGGAGGAACAAAACAAGGAGGUAGACCCAAGAUUUGAAACCAGCCUUGAUUCAUCUCCUGUUAGCACAAGAACAGCAAGAAGCGCCUUACUUGGUUCUUCCUGGACCUCUGCUAGUGUGUGGUUUCAACAUCGUCUCUCGGCUUAACUGACAAGAAAUCCAAGGCACAAAUACAGUACUUGUUAAAAGACCCUACAACGACCACCUUUCCAAAGUGUUGUGAGGACAAACCAGAAUAUAGUGGAACAUUCACAUAAAAGUAUAGUUUUCUUCUUGACAUAGUGAACAAUGACAAGAAAAAGCAGUUAACAAAACCAAAUCUCCGAAAAGGUAUACAAGACCUCCCUGACUCUGCUGGGGAAAAACCUUGAUUAAUUCUAAGAUUUGGUCACAGUCUUGGGACUUCACUUACCCACAACAUGAAGGGUAAAGAGUCAUCUCCAGGAACUGCUCAACCAAUCAGAGAAGUUCUUGAGGUAACACGAGAGCUAAAUAAACUUGAACGGUUCAUUAAAAAAAAAAAAAGUGGAUUCUAGUAUAUUUUUUUUUUCUAAAAAUCAGUCCUUUAUACUGACAGAGCGAAAUCAUCAAAACUUCUGUUAUAUUAACUCAAGACUGAGGUUGUUUUCACAUUACUAUUUUUCUACAACAUGUAAUCGUUCCGUUGAAUAAAAAGAGACAGCAAUUGUUUAAAAUAAAAUAAUAGCUAACCACGAUUUUUUUUCUUUCCUUCAUAAGUUUUAAACUGGCAAGAUUUUUCCUGUGAGAGACUUUGACAUGUACAGGCAUUUAGAAAAAUUUUUUGACCAUACCAAAAGUUAUAUACUUCCCAUAUUGUAAAAAUUUAGAGACGACUUUCAGGGAAUAGAGGGUUCUUCUGAACAGAUCUGAAGUCCAGUGAGGACUUUUAAAGUGACCUGAAGAAAUGCAUUAUUAAUUUGCAUAGCACAUUUUAGCAAAAAGGCAAUUCAAGGUUCUUUGCUUGAUGAAAACAUGAACAACUAACAUUUAAUUUUCUUCAAUGUCUUCAAGAUCAUCCAAAUCCUCACUAUAAAAUUUCCUGAGUAAAGAUUAAAAUUAAUCUAUAUUCCAGUUGUUGAUCAAUAGACUUAAUUAUUAAAGCAGCUCUCUAAUAGUUCAAAGGUCAAAUAUGAUGUGUUUGUAUUCUAUCGAAGUUUAAAAGAAAAUACAGUAUAAAGUUUGAAUGCAACAGAAUAAAAUAGUUCCUGUGAUAAUUGUUAUUCACUAAAUCUGUUUUAAAUGAGUUUUAGAAGCUUUUAGCACUUAAUGAAUGAAUUUAAUACUUACAGAUUUUUGAUGAGUUAGCUAAAGAUUAGGACAGACAGCAAGUUCCUCACACAUGGGGUGUUUGCAAACUCAGCAAUCUAUUCUUGUAGUGAAAUAUUGCUACAUGAGUAAAACUGUUCAGUUAACACACACAAAGAUGUCUGAUUGAGAUUGUAUAUGUUAUGACAAUGAUUGUUGAAUAUUUCAUUUUAAUAUUCCAGUUGCAUAUUUUGUCAGUGCAUCAUCUUUCCUUACAGUACUUUUGUUAUUGGCAAGUUCUGUUUAUCAGAGAAGGCUUUACUCAAUGCAGGCUGUGUAGGAAGCUCAAGAAUGUAAAGUAUACUGUAUUUUACCAGUAUGUUAAACAUACCAGUAGUUGCACUUUACUGCUCUGGAAAAAGUUGAAUUGUUGACAAACAAAGGAGUCAGGAAUUGGCAUCAGCUUCGUUAUACCAGAAAAAACAAAGAAAUUUAUUGAAAACUAGUCAGAUUUUCUUUAGCUAAUAAAACAAAAGCUGCAGAGUUGCAAUAGACUGAAAUUUACACAGAAAUAGAAAGCAAUAGCAAAAUGAAAUGACAGCACUUCUGAAUUAAAACUGUAAAAUUUCUUCCUGUGCAAUGGUCAUUCUCAUUGCAGUGUACAAGUUUAAACCAUAAUAAUGUGUCUUGCAGGAUAACUUCUAGAACCUUUGCUUAGCAUAUUUUAAGUUUCAAUCCAGUGAUCAUUAUGAGAUAAAUCUGCUUUAUCAUUAUCUAGUUCUACAUUUUUAUUCAACUAUGUACAGUUGAGUAUUUAUAUUGUCUCUGCAUAUCGAUAUUUAUUUAAUUCUUCAUGUGUUCUACAGAUUUAAAAAUUAUCAUGCUUUUGUUUAAUCCUUUUUGUUCGCUGCUCUAUGUGUCCAAUGAUGAACUGACCACCUCUGUCAACUGUGCAUGCAAUAAAACCGUUUCAUGCACUGA